CACAAGUUAAAGAAAAGUAGUUAAAAAGGAUCUCGAGUUCCAUUGAAUGCUAAAAGAUCAAGAAUCAUGUCUCCAGUGAAGACAAAUUCAGUAGUACUGCUGCAAAUAAUGUUGGGGCUUUUCCUAUUUGCCGGUAUGGUCAUCCAUUGCCAGGGUUUAUCUCGUCACACUUUCGUGGUGAAGGAAGCUCCAUACACAAGACUUUGCAGCACAAAAAACAUCUUAACUAUAAACGGAAAAUUUCCUGGACCAACACUACAAGUUAGGAAAGGAGAAACUAUCGUUGUUGAUGUUUAUAACAAAGGCGAUUAUAACAUCACCAUUCACUGGCAUGGAGUGAAGCAACCAAGAUAUCCAUGGUCCGAUGGUCCUGAAUAUAUCACACAAUGUCCAAUCCAACCAGGAAAAAAGUUCAGGCAGAAGAUCAUAUUUUCCAGCGAAGAAGGAACUCUUUGGUGGCAUGCGCACAGUGAUUACACUCGGGCCACUGUUUACGGGGCCAUAAUCAUUCAUCCAAAGAAGGGAACUCAUUACCCUUUUCCAAAGCCUCAUGCAGAAUUUCCCAUCAUAUUAGGAGAGUGGUGGAAGCAAGGUAUAAUGGAACUUUACGAAACAUUUCUUCAAAGCGGAGGAGAUCCCAAUGUUUCUGAUGCAUAUACUAUCAACGGUCAACCUGGAGAUCUAUACCCAUGCUCAAAAUCUGAAACCGUCAAAUUAAUGGUGGAACAUGGAAAGACCUAUCUCCUCCGCAUAAUCAAUGCUGCACUUCAGGAUAUUCUCUUCUUUGCCGUUGGAAAACAUAACCUCACAGUCGUGGGAACUGACGCAAGCUACACCAAGCCACUGACAACAGAUUACAUUGCAAUAUCUCCUGGACAAACUAUGGAUGUCUUGUUAAAAGCAAACCAACCGCGCGGUGACUACUACAUGGCUGCCAGUGUAUAUUCUAGUGCAGCCGGCGUCCCGUACGAUAACACCACCACCACUGCUAUUCUACACUACAACGGAAGCUACAUUAACGCAUCUUCAAGACCCUAUUUGCCAAAUCUUCCUUCCUACAAUGACACCAAUGCAUCCGCUUCUUUUACGGGCAAACUCAGAAGUUUAGCAAAUGAAGAUCAUCCAGUCAAAGUGCCACUAAACAUAAGCACAAAACUAAUCUAUGCUGCUUCUGUGAAUACAUUCCCAUGCAACAACGUAACUUCAUAUUGCGAGGGUCCUAAUGGAACGCGGCUCUCUGCAAGCUUGAAUAACAUCAGCUUUCAAUUGCCACCCACUGACAUAUUAGAAGCCUACUAUAAUCAUAUUGGUGGCGUUUAUGGUGACCAGUUUCCGAGUGUGCCACCUUUGCUAUAUAAUUUUACUGCAGAUGAUCUGCCGUCGUUUCUAGAGACGCCGAAAAUAGGGACAGAAGUGAAGGUCCUCGAGUAUAACCCAACGGUGGAACUUGUUUUCCAAGGAACAAACCUGGUUGCAGGGACAGAUCACCCCAUGCACAUACAUGGGUAUAGUUUUUACGUGGUUGGUUGGGGAUUUGGGAAUUUCGACAAAGACAAGGAUCCUUUGGAAUAUAAUCUUGUUGACCCCCCGCUUCAGAAUACCAUCGCUGUCCCUAAGAAUGGCUGGGCAACCAUAAGAUUCAAAGCAAACAACCCAGGUGUAUGGUUCAUGCACUGCCAUUUAGAACGUCACCUAUCUUGGGGCAUGGAUACGGCAUUCAUUGUAAAAAAUGGAGACUACCCAGAGGCACAAUUGAUAUCCCCACCACCAGACAUGCCACCAUGUUGACGAAUUUGCUGUGAUAUCUAUCAAUUACUUCGAAGAAACGGGAGGCCAGGGUGAAGAUGUACGGAGGAGGUUUACUUUUGAAGCAUGAAUGUACGAUUAAAAUGAGUGCAGCACUUAAUUGUGAUAUAGGAAUAUUGCGUACCAUACGAUUUAUGAAUUCUACUGAUCUAGCUUGGUCGAUCGAUCUCGACAAGUUAUAAAUUAUAUAUCAUUUGUUUCAAAAAUUAAAUCAAUAAGAAAGUGCACUUAUUUA